AUGAAGGGUUUUGGUUUCGGUAGUGCCACAGUUUACCUAACAGGAGGAUUUCCAUCAUUACAUGCUUUAGCAGCUUUUUUAGAUGAUAAUUAUCGUACAAAUUUUAAUAUUCCUAAUAAUUGGUCUGUGUUUUUUAAUGGAAGAGAUAAAACUCGUUAUAUUAAUUUAUUGAAAGAAAUUAUAAUUGGACCUUAUCAUCCAGAUGAAGUCAUAUUGAUGGAUAUUAAACCACAUGAGCAACAUACAGCUGUUGAUUUUUAUCUUACACAAAAAUAUCUUGGCAUACCUAUUGUUGCAUUAAGUGAUUUGAAACAGGAAGGUAAAAAAUUAUUUUAUGAACAAAAAGGUGAACGAAAAUUAAUAAAAAGAAUUUAUAAUCGUCUUAUAUUCGAUGAAGUUGAUGAUGAUGCAAAUAUUUUUAAAGAUAAUAUUGAUAUAAGACAAGAUUUGGAUGUUGAAUGGAUAAUACAUCCAAAUUGGUUUUAUCGAAUAAGUAAAUAUCUUUUACCAAUAUUAAAAGGAGAUUGUGUAUUCAAUACAUAUUAUUUAAAUGAUAUUAUUGAUGUUAAAAAAAGUGAUAUUGAAAAAAUCAAAGAUCCAAAAAAUUGGAUAUUAGAACGAAAAAUUGAAUAUGAACCAGUUUUAAAUGUUAAUAGUACUCCUAUUAAAGGUGAAAUUCGUUUAAUGUAUCUUUGGCCUGAUAGUAGAGAAAAGCCAAUAUUAACUUCAAACGUUCUACGUUUAAGUACAGGCAAAAUGAUUAAUUCUCAACUUAAUAAAAAUUCAGAAUGGGCUGGUUCAUCAAUGGCUUUUUUUCAAAAACCAACUUAA